AUGAGCAUAGAAGACGUUGAGAAGAGGGUCGAUAAGUUCGACGGUAAUGACUUUAGCCUGUGGAGGUCACAGAUCGAGGACUACUUGAAUAUAAAGAAGCUUGCUAAGACUUUAGAGGGCAAGCUCCCAAAAGAUAUGAAGAAGGAAGAAUUUGUCGAGAUGGAUAAGAUGGCCCUUGGAGCUGUUCGACUAUCGCUUUCAAAUGAUUUGUACUUGAUGAGGCGGCUGUUCACUUUGAAGAUGGGUAAGGGUAUAUCUGUUCGCCAGCAAGUUGGGAUAGUUGGUGAUAUUAUCGAGCAACUAGCAUCGGUGGAUGUUAAAUUCGACGAACACAUCAAAGCUUUAGUGUUGUUGACUUCCAUGCCUUCGGAUUGGGAUGUGACCGUAAACUCGAUUUGUAGUGGAUUCGAGACUACAAAGAAGCUGAAGUUUAAUGAUGUGCGUGACAUUUUGAUUUGA